AUGUCUGUGCGCACAUCACGUGGAGAAAAGGCGGCGCUCACGCGCGUCAAGCUUGGUUUCAUGUUGCUUGUGCGCUGGGCAGCCAUUGUUUUUAUCUGCAUCGCGAACGUAUGGGUCAGGUCCUAUCACUGGGACAACGAUCAUGUGUUGCCCAGCACGAACAGUUCUGUGCCGCAUGUGGAAACACGGCUGCUGUCCCGGUUGUAUCCGGAAUGGCACACGUUUUGGAAAAAGUGCGGCGAACAGUGGCCGGUUGCAGCGCGUGAUGCCAUCGACAAGGUAGUGUCGCUGCGCACAAAACGUUUGGAAGAUGCUAGCUACUGUAUUCUUAUGCCGCGAUGCAUCGUCGAUGCGAUGAAGUUGUCACAAGCGGAGAAACAGCUACUACACCAGGCGCUCGUGGCUGCCUCGUCGCCGCAGUCGCUGCUCCGAAUGUGGCCUCGGUAUGUAAAGGCAAUGAAUUACAUCCUCGAUGUGUAUGGAAACGGCGUGCAUCCCAAGGAAGCCGAAGAUGCCAUGAUGUAUGACCCUACCCGUACUGAAUACCUUACCUAUGUAGGCAGUUUGGCCGCCCAUGUAAAUGGGUCGAACGCGCCGUGGGACGUGAUGCGCUUUGGCGUGAAUUUGUUGGACGCCAAUAUGCGCGAUAAUGCGGCACAAUACUUUGAUAUUUGGGAGAAGGAAAAUAGAAGAGCAUUGGAGCGGGCAACGAUGCUCGACUGGGACAAGUACGAAUACGGCUGUGUUGUCGUCCCGGGGAUGGGCACGAUUCAUCUCGACGAGAAACUUUCCCCUAUGAGCAAGCUCAGACUCCGCUACGCAAUCACUGCUUUCCAUUCUGGACAGGCACCAUUUUUGGUCGUGUCUGGUGGCGCCGUACAUCCCAAAUUGACAAGAAAUACAGAGGCUUAUGAAAUGCGAGCAUGGCUCUUGGAGGAGCACGGGAUCCCAGAGGAGUAUAUUGUAAUGGAGCCGUACGCGCGGCAUACUACGACCAACUUGCGCAAUGCGGGCCGCGUAAUGAACGUGCUUGGUCAGCCGCAUAAGAAGAUGCUUAUCGUCACGGAUGAGAUGCAGCUGUCCUACAUUAUGUUUGGCGUGGGUGACGCUGGCGAGCGGGAUCUUGGGUAUAGCUUGGGCACAAUCGGUCCAAGAGAAGGAGCGCAUGGGGUACAGUUUACGCCCUCUGCAUUCGUCGAGAUGGUCGACCCAACAGAUCCGCUAGACCCCUGA